CAGAGCAACACAUCUCUCCAACGUCCAGCUGCACUGAUUUUUAACAAGUUGGUUGGACUUUCGUCGAUGGCAUCUAAAAUGAAAGACAGAAAGAAAACUCCCAUCUCUCACAAAGUCAUUGAGAAACGCAGACGGGACCGCAUUAACCGCUGCCUUAACGAACUGGGGAAAACUGUACCAAUGGCACUAGCAAAACAGAACUCUGGAAAACUGGAGAAAGCUGAAAUCUUGGAAAUGACAGUUCAGUAUCUCCGAGCGCUCCACUCAGCAGAUUUCCCCCGUGGGAGAGAAAAAGGUGAAUUGCUGGCUGAGUUUGCAAACUACUUCCACUACGGAUACCACGAGUGUAUGAAGAACCUGGUGCACUACCUGACCACAGAGGACAGGGCUGAAACAAAAGACAUCAAGUACGCACGGAUCCUCGCCUUCUUACAGUCUAAAUCUCGUGUGAUCACCGAGCCUAUAUUCGGCUCUGUCGCCUCGAUGCCUGAACCGUGCGACUUCCUGAGCCAGCUGCACUCCUCCCCUGAGCACCAGAGCCUCAGCCCGUCCGACUCCGUGUACCAGCAGAGCCCCCCGGGACACUUCUCCUGGCACAGCUCGACCCGCAGCCCGGCCAUCUCGUACCCAACAGUGCCUCUCUCUGCGCACACACAGCAGCACGGUGGAUACUUGUCACCGGUGCAGGGACUCGAUCACCACUAUUUCAACUUCAUCGGCCACACGCACGCAAACACGUUUAGUUUGCACAGUGCGCAACACGCCAUGUAAAAAGUUUUGCUAUUGUUUUUAUUUAUAUAUUUGUGAAUGAUGGAAAUGGAUU